AUGAUAACGAAGGCAAUAGAAGCUAGUGGAACAGUUACUAUUACAACUGUAACCCAGCAACUAUUUCGAACAAAGAUGGAUUUUAAUGAAUGUUUCAUUCAUCCAAAAUCAUUCUCUUUAGACCCUAACAUUUAUACAGAACUUGUAGAACAUUAUACAAACGAGGCUUUAUGUUUUCCUGUUAAAGUUAUGGAUUGGAUUCCUAUGGACGGUUCAUUCUCAAAGAAUACAGAUAGUUCAAGUGCAACAUUUACAGCAGCUUAUACGCCUAUUAAUGUUAAAAGUAUUUGGGCACUAUUUAGAAAGAAAGACAACUAUUAUGUUAAUUUUGAGAACCCUAAGUUUAAAUAUCUUCAGCUUUCCAUGGGAGCUUAUGGAAAUAUGCCUGCAGAACCUGAAAAAUCAUAUGGACCUGUAUUUUAUGAAAUGGUUGCGAACGCUUGCAAUACAAACAAUGAUAUGAUUGGAUUUAAUGAAGAUGUUAUGAGGUCAUUGGUGGAUGAUGGUAGUGUGGAACAUAAAUGGGAUAGCUAUGACAACACACAUUUCUUAUGUGGUUUUCCAACAGAAGUGGACUUUUGCUUCCAGCAAGGUCAAACAUCUACUGCUCCAAUAACAUACAAAUUGUCUGUUAAAGGACCUAUUGAACUAGCAACUGAAAAUGUACCAAAGCCACUUAUUGGAUUUAUGAGGGAUUGUUGCUUUGCCAUUCAGGUGCGUGCUAAUGGAAUCCCAAUAAUAAGAUUAGAUGACUAUAACUUAGCUGCGGACGACAGUGAGGAAUAA